AUGGACUUAGAGAGAGAAGAGGAAGAGCCAGACAUUGACAAGGAAUCUCACCUGAACUAUGCACACAUCGCAUCAUCCUGGAGGAUGAGUCUAGUUCUUCCAUUGAACAUCCAAAGGAGGCUAAACCCAAACCUAAAGGAAGUUGUCAAGAAGGAGAUAAUGAAGCUGUUGAAAGCUGGAGUGAUCUAUCCAAUAUCAGAUAGUGCAUGGGAAGCUGAACUCCUCUACGCGCAAGGACCACUACCCCUGCCAUUCAUAGAUCAGAUGCUUGAGCGCCUUGCCAAUCAUCAAUACUACUGUUUCUUGGAUGGAUACUCAGGAUUUUUCCAAAUUCCAAUCCACCCAGAUGAUCAGGAGAAGACUACCUUCACUUGUCCCUAUGGCACAUAUGCUUAUAGGAGAAUGCCUUUUGGAUUGUGCAAUGCUCCAGCUACAUUCCAAAGGUGUAUGAUGUCCAUAUUCACAGAUCUAAUAGAAGAGAUUAUGGAGGUUUUCAUGGAUGAUUUCUCAGUAUAUGGUUCUUCCUUUGAAUCAUGUUUGGGAAAUCUUGGAAGAGUGCUACAGAGAUGUGAAGACAAGCACCUAGUUCUAAAUUGGGAGAAGUGCCAUUUAUGGUUAGAGAUGGAAUAG